AUGAUUCUUCGCUUGUGGAGAAACUAUAACAAAGAAUCAGGAAACACCAUUGAAAUGGUGGUUGUUGAUAAAGAAGGGACAAGAAUUCAUGCUUCAGUUGGUGAACAACUCAUCAAAAAAUUCGAUGACAAGCUACGCGAGGGAGAUGCGAUUGUCCUCCAGUUGUUCAAAGUGUACGAUGCUACUGGUGAAUACCGUACGACGCCACAUCCUUACAAAAUUGGCUUCUUUCACACAACAUUUGUUGGAAUAGCUGAUGAUUUUUCAAGUGCAGUUCCCGAAAAGUAUUUCGCGGACUUCUCUGAUAUUCUCGGUGGAAAUCUGGACCAUAGCUGUUUGGUUGAUGUGGUUGGCCAAAUAGUUAACUUCGGGUCUCUGGAAAACAAAAUAAUAAAAGGAAAAGACAGCAUGAGGCUCUUGGUUGAGUUGCGUGACCCAAAUAAUGUGAAGAUGAUGUGUACUCUGUGGGGUAGUUAUGCUAAACAAGUAUACGAUUACAGUAGGAGUAACAUGUCCACCAUGAUUAUUUGUGUGAUCAGAUUCUGUUCUGUUAAAGAGUGGAAAGGUUCUUACUCCAUAUCUAGCGGGUAUAAUUCAACCCAUAUCCUGCUCAACACAACACUUGAUUUUAUUGAGGAGUUCAAAGCAAGUCUCCCUGAUGAUUCACUUGCUCUUACGAACAACGAUAGUAGCCAAUGGUCUGUUGGUACUGCUACUUCUAUUCGUGCCAGGUUUUUUGUUCUUAAUGAGAGGCUAACCAUCGGAGAGAUCAUUGAUAGCUCUGUGGUUGGCACUUUUGUUACUCUGGGGACCAUUGAAACAAUUGAUACUGAACGUGGCUGGCAAUAUCUAAGUUGCAAAUACCACAACAAAAAAGUGAUGCCUACAACCAAUGUUGAUGCUGAUGACCGGCCCUUGUUCUUCUGCAAUACGUGUGACAAAGAACACAGUGAUGUUAUUUCCAGGUUCAAAUUAAUUGCCAAUGUCAAGGACGAUAGCGGUGAGGCUAAUUUUCUGUUGUUUGAUGCUAAUGCUCAAGCAAUUGUGCGUCAUUCUGCUGCUGAACUCUAUGACGAGAAUGAAGAUGAAGACUUCUUACCUGAAGCAGUGAGCGAUCUCUUUGGUAAGAGAGUCCUUUUUGAGAUUUCAGUUGACGCUGAUAACAUCAAAGGAAAGAGUUCUCAGUAUGUUGUUCGAUUGGCUACUGAUGACCGUGAAAUGGUUGAGGAAUUUGCUGAUUUGCCUCCUAAAUCUAACCCGGUACUAAUGUUGGAGUCCGCAGAUGAUAUUUCCUCUGGUUCUGGUGGUUUUACAGCAACUCCUUUGUCCAAAAGAAAAAGCGAACAAGAUGACGACAGUUGCCUUGAGGAUCAACACUCUGUUAACAAGAAACUCUCUCAAAAGAAACUCAAGGGCGAGUGAGCUGUCUCUUUUUGAUGAGUUGCUGUCCUUUAUAGUGUCAUGGCUUUGUUUUUGCUUCAUUUUUUAAAACUUUGUCUGAGUAUCUUUGUCUUUGGUUUUGUUUAAGAUUUGGUCCGACCAUCUUUGUUUUUUGCUUUUAAUUGAAAUAAAAAUUUAUCAAGUUCCAAUCUAAACCAGACAACCUUUUCUUUGGUUGGCUCUGACUUUUGAUUUAGUAUUU